ACUGUACUCUCCAGACAUAAACAGUACACAUAAAGGGGGGAAAAGCGGUCGUACAGUAACAGCCAGGGUUGGUGUAUGACUUCAGAUCUGUUUGUACACUAACCGCAUGAUUCACCUCGGUGUGCCGCUCGACUAUUUUUUGGUUUUAAGUUAUUUUUUCUCCAUGUUUGGUCGAGCAGGAUGUCUCCCCAGGGUGGCAUGGACCGGCUGCCGAAGAAUGGGGAAUUUCACAUCCUCUUCCACUGCGAGCACAGCCUGUGCACGGUAUCUUCAGGAGAUGGUGUCUCAGAACUGUGUUGUGAUAUUUUCAAAGACCACCUGUCCUUAUUGCAAAAUGGCCAAGAACGUCUUCAAUGAAAUCGGUGCGACCUACAAAGUGGUCGAGCUGGACGAGCACAAUGACGGGAGGAGUCUGCAAGAGGCCUUGGCUCAGAUGACUGGUGCCAGAACGGUGCCAAGAGUCUUCGUUAACGGAAACUGCAUUGGGGGCGGCUCUGACACCAAACAGCUCCAUCAGCAGGGAAAGCUGCGUCCCCUGAUUGAACAGUGUGCGCCCUGCUGUGCUGGGAGCGGCUCCGAAGGCUCGGGCAGCGGACAGUCCGAGUCCACCAAAUGACUAACCGUUCUUGUCCUAGUUUUCAAUCCUGUAUUUAUCAAAUGUACGCUUGAUCUUGUGAUGCAAGUUGUACAGUGCUUUAGCCUGACCAUGUUAUUUAUUUGUCAAAGUGCAUUGGCUACAUGAUGGAAGGAUAAAUUCACGUUUUUGUCCAGGGAUGUACAGAAUUGUUAUUAAAGUUGCCCUCUUUUAAACAAAACCUGGAAAGGUGAAACUGCUUUUCAUAUUCUCUGUGCAGUGUUGUUUUGUUAAAGAUGUUUUUACAGUCAUACAAAGCGUGGCGUCGUAAACCAUCAAACAUCAUCACCAUGGGGACAAGAUCAAGCCAUUAAGUAUCACCACUUAAAAGUCAAAUUAAUUUUGACUUGCUUGUGGAAGCCUUUCUAUGUUAAUGUGUCCGAUUAUAUCAGUAGCCUGCCUCCAAGUUUAUGUUACAUUACUUUAUCUAGCAUGUUUCAACAGGAAGUUACCUUGUUUAUCAUGACGCUGGUAAGACGAUAUAUAAGCUGACAUGUAUAAAAAACACUCAAACGUUUUCCUUAUGAAUGUGUAUUUUAUACUUAAAUAAAUAUGAAUGAAGUACCAUCA